UUUAGAACGCGCUUCGGGGGACGGAAGACAAGACUCGAUCUCACUGGUCGAGGAAACCGGUGUUGUUGACACUUCGACAAUGGCGGCCGAAGUGAGACAGGAGCUUGCACAGCUGAUGAAUUCAAGCGGAUCGCACAAAGAUCUUGCUGCUAAAUAUCGACAGAUUUUGGAGAAGGCCAUUCAGUUUACAGACGCAGAUCAGCUGGAGUCCUUGAAGGCCUUUGUUGAAGCAAUGGUCAAUGAAAAUGUCAGUCUGGUCAUCUCAAGACAACUGCUGACUGAUUUCUGCACACACCUGCCCAACCUGCCCGACGCCACAGCUAAAGCGGUGUAUCACUUCACCUUGGAAAAGAUUCAGCCGAGGGUCAUCUCCUUUGAGGAGCAGGUGGCCUCAAUCAGACAGCACUUAGCAACCAUUUAUGAAAAGGAGGGAGACUGGAGGAAUGCUGCCCAGGUUUUAGUUGGCAUUCCCCUGGAAACAGGCCAGAAGCAAUACAAUGUUGACUAUAAGUUGGAUACAUACCUGAAAAUAGCCCGACUCUACUUAGAAGAUGAUGACCCUGUUCAGGCAGAAGCCUACAUCAACAGAGCCUCUCUGCUUCAGAACGAGUCCUCCAACGAACAGCUGCAGAUACAUUACAAGGUGUGCUAUGCCAGGGUGCUAGAUUUCAGGAGGAAGUUCAUUGAAGCAGCACAAAGAUACAACGAGCUGUCUUAUAAGUCAAUUGUCCAUGAAAGCGAGCGUCUGGAAGCACUGAAACAUGCCCUGAACUGCACCAUACUGGCCUCUGCAGGACAGCAGCGCUCCCGUAUGUUGGCCACUCUCUUUAAGGAUGAGCGCUGUCAGCAGCUGGCUGCUUACGGUAUUCUGGAGAAGAUGUACCUGGACCGCAUCAUCAGAGGAAACCAGCUGCAGGAGUUUGCUGCCAUGUUGAUGCCUCACCAGAAAGCCACCACAGCCGAUGGAUCCAGCAUCCUGGACAGAGCUGUGAUUGAACACAACCUCCUGUCUGCCAGCAAACUCUACAACAACAUCACUUUUGAAGAACUCGGAGCGUUGUUGGAAAUCCCUCCUGCAAAGGCUGAGAAGAUUGCUUCCCAGAUGAUCACAGAAGGACGAAUGAAUGGCUUCAUCGACCAGAUCGAUGGCAUCGUACACUUUGAGACGCGGGAACCGCUUCCUACCUGGGACAAACAGAUCCAGUCUCUAUGUUUCCAAGUCAACAACCUCCUAGAAAAAAUCCGCCAGGCUGCUCCAGAAUGGGCCGCACAAGCUAUGGAAGCCCAGAUGAGCCAAUAAACAUGUCGGCCCCUCCCUGUCAGAUGUUCCCCAGCAGCAUCCGAGGAGAAGCCAUCAGAAUCACCAUCAGCUGUUCUACCUGUUUUCCUUCUGGCUGAACUCCACACACCACUCUGCUUUUAAACCACAUUUCUGGCUCAGAUCUGUGUGUGUGUAACCACAUGAAGGCUGUGAAUGCACCUCUACGUGUGACUUCAUGUGGAGAUGGUUGACAUGUAUAAGCCAUUAACCGUGUAUGAACCUGUUGCUGCACAUUUUCAUUUUCAUGAAGAGAAAUAAAUUUGAAACAAACA